UUAGAGUAUCAGGCUGAAACUCAGCCUCUUCGCCCAUGCGAGCUUCAGAGAGAGAAGGCCUUUCGCGAUGGGAAAGACUACGUCCCUCAGUGCUCAGAAGAUGGACAAUUUAGGAAAAUACAGUGCAAUAAAAAUGGUGUUUCCUGCUGGUGUGUAGAUGAAAAAGGCAUCGAAGUCACAGGCAGUAAGCGGUCUGGAUCUUCUAUGGCUUGUUUAUCAUUCUGCCAGCUCCAAAAACAGCAGAUUCUGGUCAGCCGCUACAUCAAUAGCAGUGCAACUGCCUACAUCCCACAGUGUCUGGAUUCAGGGAACUUUGACCCCAUACAGUGUGACCUGGCAAUGGAGCAAUGCUGGUGCGUGGAUGGUGAAGGGAUGGAGAUAUACGGGACCAGGCAGAAAGGAAAACCAAGGCAAUGUCCUGGUCAGUGUGAGAUUCGAGACCGCCGCGUUCUGCAUGGCGUUGGGGAAAAGAGCCCACCCCAGUGCUCAGCUGACGGAGAGUUCCUGCCCGUCCAAUGCAAGUUUAUCAACACAACAGAUAGGAUGGUCUUUGAUCUCAUCCAUCAUUUUAACAGGUUCCCCAAAGCAUUCUUAACAUUUAGUUCCUUCAGAAAUUUGUUCCCAGAAAUCUCUGGAUACUGUUACUGUGCUGACAGUCUAGGGAGAGAACUAGAAGAUACAGGUCUGGAAAUGUUGCUUGAAAAUGUGUAUGACACAGUUUUUGCAUCGCUGGAACAAGCUCCCACCUUUGCUGAAAGCAGCAUGUAUAGGAUCCUACAGAGACGUUUCCUGGGCAUACAGCUGGCAACAUCUGGCAGAUUCAGAUGCCCCUCCAAGUGUGAAAUAGAGUAUCUCACUGCCACUCGUUUUGAGGAGGAUUAUAAGCCAUUGUGUGAAGACAGUGGUGCCUAUAAGCCAACACAGUGUCAACUGAAUGGAGAAUGUUGGUGUGUUGACACCAGAGGGCAAGAGAUCCCUGGAACAAGAAGGAGAGGACAGCAACCAAUCUGUGGCAAGGAGUCCACCUGUGUCUCCGAGAGACUAGUAUCUCUAUCCAGACUUUUCUAUGGCCCUGUUGGACAUUUCAGCCAUGACAAUUUGUUUUCUGCUGCUCAAGAGCCACAGAAGAUAGCUGGCUCCUCAAGAUUUUGUCCUCUUUCAUUCAAAGACUUUUUUGUGGGUUCCAGAGUGCCGUCUUCCAUCUCAGGAAAAAAUAGCACUGCUCAGCUCCUCACAUUUGAAACCCUCCUUGGUGAAGCUGUUGGUGGGAUGUUUCCUUCACGAAACCUUGCUCAGGUUGCCCUCCAGUUCACCAACAACCCCAAGCGAUUCCAAGAAAACCUUUUUGGGGGAAAGUUCUUGAAGAAUCUGGCCCAGUUUAACUUUACAGGAGCAAUUGGUCCUAACAGCAAAUUUAAUCUGGACAAGUAUUUCCAGCAGGUAGGGAUGAGAAGCAGAUUCAGUGACCUGGCUGGUCAACUUUUGCAGGAAGACCCCCAGGAGAAGUUUAAUCUGAGCCAGUCUCUUGUUGACAGCUUUGGCCGUAUGGUCAAUUUAGAGGACAAUCAGAGUGCCAUCACUUUCCUUGCUUCUCUUCUUGAAGCCCCAGAGUUUUUUACCUUUCUGCAGCAUGUGAUUUCUGUCCCAGAAAGUGUCACCAAAGAUUUAGGCAAUGUUGUGAGGAUUCUGUUGAAAUCAAAAGACUGCACAGAAGAGGCCAAUGGUAUCUUUGUCCCAGACUGUACUAAAGAUGGGAAGUACAAGGAGAUCCAGUGUGGUAGAGGGGAGUGUUGGUGUACAGAUUUAAGGGGAAAAGAAAUUCCUGGAUCCAGAGUACAGGGAACACAACCGCGGUGCCCUACAGUGUGUGAAAAGCAAAGGGCCAGUCUGCAACUCUUAAUAAGAGACCAGCCUGCAGGAUCGGAGCUGUUUGUUCCUUCAUGCACCAAAGAGGGGAAAUUCCUGCCAGUCCAGUGCCAUGGAAAGAACUGUUUCUGUGUCAAUUCAGAGGGCAUACCAGUUCCAGGAAUAGGUGCCAAUUCUGGAGAUCCCAUACAAUGUCCAAGUGACUGUCAUCUUGCAGGCAGUGAAGCUUUCCUAAAAGCUGCUCAGCAGUUCCUACUGAAUCCCACUGCCCUGACUCAGCUGUCCAGCAUUUAUGUACCUCAGUGCAGUCUUGACGGUCAGUGGAAGCCAAUCCAAUGCAAUGGUCCACCUGAGCAAGCUUUUGAAUGGUAUCAAAGAUGGAUUACUCAGAACAAUAAUAGCAGUGUCCUUUCUUUCACUGACUUGGCAAACAUACUGCUAGACUACAAAGCAAGAACUCAGCAAAGUUUUGAAGAUUUUGUCAAAAUUCUCUAUGCUGCUGGCCACCAGAAUAUUUUCCCAGAAUUCUCCAAAUACUCAUCUUUUGAAACUGUUCCUCAAGAUCUGCUGGAGGGCAAUACAUUACGGUCAUCUAAGGAUGUUUUACUGGACCCGUUCACCUUUUGGCAGCUUCUUCAGGGACACCUCAAUCAUUACCCAGGAUCUUACAGUGACUUCAGUAUCCCAUUAGGACAUUUUGACCUUCGCAACUGUUGGUGUGUGGAUGAAAAGGGACGCCUACAAGGAAGCCAAGCCAACAUAAACCAAGUUCCAACUUGUCUUGGAUCUUGUGAAGCUGCAAAGCAAGAAGCCCUGCAGUUUGUUAACAAUGUGGAACAACUUAUUCAGGAGUCAAACAGCUCUCAUUUUCCUUUCGGACAAAGCUUUUUAAUGACCCAAGUGUCCAUGUUAACAGGUGGAGAGCUGUGGAGUAAUUUUUCUCGGCCGGGAGUCACUUUUUCAGAAAUCCUGUUGGCAGGGAGCGAUUAUGCUGUCCAGUUGGCUGCACAAUCAACCCUGCGUUUUUAUCGGAAGAGCCUAACUGCAUCCCCGGAUUCUGCGGGGGAGGCUGCACGCUUGGCAUUUCAGCCUUACAUCCCCCAGUGUGAUGGACGAGGGAACUGGGAGCCCGUCCAGUGCUAUGAGAGCUCAGGUCACUGCUGGUGCGUAGAUCAGAUGGGACGUUACGUUUCAGAUUCUUUGGUGACACGCUCAACACAACUGCCCCAGUGUCAGACAUCAUGUCAACGUUCCCAAGUGAAUGCACAGAUUGCCAGCUGGAGAAUGAAUGGACAGACACAGAAUGCUACUUCAGCAGAUCUAUUUAUUCCAUCCUGUCUAGAGAAUGGAGACUAUGCCAGAUUUCAGAAAGUGGAUUCACGGGCCUGGUGUGUAAACCCUGUGUCGGGAGAAGUAAUCCGAGAGAGCGAAAUUGAUUCCAAUGGCGAGGUUAAUUGCCCCAGCUCCUGCAGUCUGUUGAAAUCGAAGGCUCUGGUGGAGGAAAUGGUUAGAGGCUACAUCCCGCGGUGUGACAGUGACCGUCAGGGUUUCUCCCCCAUGCAAUGCAGUGAAGACCAAGAAAGCUGUUGGUGUGUCUUUGACAAUGGUCAGGAGGCUCCAGGGACACGUGUUAAUGGCCAGAGGCCUGCCUGUGAACGUCCACAGUGUCCUUUACCUUAUGAUGCUUCUUACCUGGGCAACGGUGGGGUUUUUUGCAACAUCACCACUGCAACUUCAAAGACUCAGCAAUGCCAGGUGAUUUGCUCUCCAGGCUAUCAAGACGUCUUUUCCCAAAGAGAUCCUCUUCUGUGCAAUACUGAGAGUCUCCUCUGGCUUGCCAAUCCGCCCCAUUCUCAAGCCUGUCAGAGGAUCCAGCCAUUCCAGAGCGUUCAGGUUCAAACCCAGUUUCAGCUCAUCUUGCCUCCUGAGAAGGCCUGCAGCCCUGACUACUCUGGCUUGCUUGAGACAUUCCAGAUCUUCAUUCUGGAUGAGCUGAAGGCUCGUGGCUUUUGUCACAUUCAGGUCAAUAGUUUGAAGAACUUGGAGUCUGUUCCAGUCUGUGGUGAUUCUGCUGUCCUGGUCCAGUGUAUGUCUGCUGACCGUCUGGGAGUGAACAUCACAUGGCAAGCUAUGCUCAAAAAUGUGCCAGCUGCUUCACUUCCUGAUUUAUAUGACAUUGAGAAAGCCAUGGUUGGUGAGAACCUCCUUGGACGUUUUGAAGAGCUGAUCAAGAGUGGUGGCUUUGUCCUCCAUUUGGACAACAAACAAUUCCAAGCAGACACUUCUGUCGGUUUUCCUGGAAAAGGAGAUUCUGGCCUAUCUCCCAAAGCUUACUUGGGAUGCAAGAGUGGUUUCCCAAAAGUCUCAACUACUGGAGACGUGGUGCCAAAUUCGCAAGGAUGUGUGGUCUGUCCUCCAGGUUCUUCCUUUCAGAAUGAGAGCUGCAUUCCAUGUCCUUCUGGAUUCUAUCAAGACCAGGCAGGGAGUGACUUCUGCGUGAAAUGUCCUCUUGGGAAAUUUACUGUCUCCACUGGAGCGUUCAGAGAAAAUCACUGUGUCAGUGAUUGUCAAAGGAAUGAGCAAGUUGAACGGUGUGAUGAAAAUGGCCAGUAUAGACCUUCUUACAAAGAUCCUUCCACCCAAAAGUCAUUUUGUGUUGACAGCAAUGGAAAGAGAUUGGACUGGACAGAAGCAGAUGGCCCUUUGACAGAUUCCCAGUGUUCAGUCCUCAGACAUUUUGAGAAGGCUCCUGCUUCUGAUCUUAUCUUCACCACAGAAGAAUUAGAAACAAUUGGAACUAAAGCAUUCCAAGGAGAGCCUAUGAGCACCCUUCAACAAUGCGUUGCAGAGUGUGAGAAGGAUGAAUCCUGUGGGUUUCUCACCGUGUCAGCCAUGGGCUUGGAAAUGUCGUGUGAGCUGUACAGUGCUCGGGAAAGCAAUUACAACUGCUCUACUUCUGGACUGGUUCAUGGUGCCUGGGGUAAUCCUCUCACCACCAGCAUUGCCAGUCUCAGCUGCUUAAUUAAAGUGAGAAGCACAGAUAAGAAAGAUUCAUUGAGUGUGUACCUGAAAAAAGGACAAGAAUUCACUACAGCAGGAGUCAAGACAUUUGAGAAGACCGAUUUCCAGGAUGCUGUUUCUGGCGUGUACAGCAUUUGGGUUGUAUCAGCAGCUGGUACAUCUUUAACAGACGUUCAUCUCUUCUGCCGCCAAGCCUGCCACCAAGAUAGUUGCUGUGAUGGCUUUAUCUUAAGCCAGCUCAUACUUGACAGAGGUAGUAUUGCAUGUAGUCUACUGAGUUCUCCAGGGGCAUUGAUCUGCAACCUUAAUGACUGGGAUGGGAGCUCAACCCGUCAACAAGGUGAGAUAUGUCAACGAGCAAAGUACAGUGAAGGGAAGAACCAGUACACGGUCAGAAUUGGAGACCAAGUGCUUGCUGGAGCUUCUGAGCUUGCAGCUGACACGGAAACAUCCUUCACCAGUUUUCAGCGUGUUUAUUUCUGGAGAGAUGCUGCCAUGAUGACCCGCAUUGGACCUACCGUGUGUGAUGCUACUGUUGCUCCAACACAGUCUAAGUCUCUUCUGUCAGCUUCUACAAAGGAACUCUUUUCUGUAGUGGAAAGCAACCAAAUUCUGAUGGAACCAAAUCGUUCUUUGCCUUCCCAAAAAUAUUGGCUUUUCAAAAACAGAUACUCAGCUGAAGAGGUUCUUCUUUGGUGUCUUGCACGUUGUGUAGAAGAUGAAUUCUGUCUACUGGCUGAUGUCCCGAAUAACACAGACAUGGCAUUCUUUCCUUGCACCCUCUAUCCUGCAGCCCAAGUCUGUAACACUUUCACUAACAGCAUCCCGGACAAUUGCAAGAUUGUGUUACCUAAAAGGCCCCUUCUUUUAUAUCAGAAGACUGUGUCUCUUGAAGGGAGCGUCAAGAACUUUUACACCCGUCUACCAUUCCGUAAAACAUCUGGAGUCUCUGUGAGAAACAGGAUGGAUAUGUCUGGGAAAACAGUGUCAAAUGGUUUUUUAAACUGUGAACGGCUUUGUGAUGCUGAUCCUUGCUGCUCAGGUUUUGGACUUCUAAAUGCUUCCCAAGGCACAGGCAGCAAGAUCUUGUGUUUGACUCUGGGCAGUUUGGGAAUUCAAACUUGCAGUGAUGAAUUAAGAAGUGAUUGGCAGAUCUCCACUUGUACAUCUCUGGAAACUGAGGCCAGGGUUCAUCCCUUUGGCUGGUAUCAAAAAUCCUCAAUUGUGCCCCGCGUGUGCCCACCUGUUCCUUUACCGGCAAAGCAAGAAAAUGUGACCUUGAACAAAUGGCAGCGUUUGGACAAGGCCUCCAUUAUUCUUGAUCCUUCCAUUGCCAAAUUUGAUGUCAUCCAUGUCAGUAGAGACCUUUCCAGUGAGUUCACUGUCAUCCAAGAUUUUUGUCUCUCAGUCUGUUCAAAGGACAACUUGUGCCUAGUGACCACUCUUAAAAUAUUGCCGUCAGCAAUACGAUGCAUGUUCUACCCAGAAACACAGAGUUGUACUCUUAGUCUCCAAGGCCACCAUUGUCGUAUUUUGCUCAAGGAGCCAGCUGCGUAUAUCUAUCGAAGGAAAGAUGUGUUCCUACCCACUGCUGAACAAAACAACGACCCUUCAGUGUACAUCCCAUCACAAGGAACCUUGUUUGGCAUCUCUCAAGUAAUUCAAGUGGGUUCCGAGUGGAAGAGCAUUGGGCAAUUCCUUGGGAUUCCAUAUGCAGCACCUCCAGUGGGAAAGAAUCGGUUCCAUCCUCCACAGCCUUUCACCUGGACAGACUUCUGGAAUGCAACCACAAUCCGAGCUAGCUGCUGGCAGCCAGGAGAUGAUAUCAGCCUUUCUUCUGUCAGUGAAGAUUGCUUGUUUUUGAACAUCUUUGUCCCACAGAACAAUGGGGGGAAUCUCCCAGUGCUGGUAUUCUUCCACAACAGCAUAAAUGCUGAUGACCAAGCAAAAAAGACAGUCCUUGAUGGUUCCUACUUAGCUGGAGUUGGGAAUCUCAUUGUCGUGACUGCAAGUUACCGAGCUGGAGUUUUUGGCUUUUUUAGCACCGGUUCCAGUGUCGCAAGUGGAAAUUGGGGCCUUUUGGAUCAAGAAAUGGCUCUAAAAUGGAUACAGAAGAACAUUGCAAUGUUUGGGGGAGAUGCAGGACAGAUAACGAUCGGAGCUAAUGGCAGGGGAGCGGACAUUAUCAGCACCCACCUCCUUAAGAGAUCAUUGAAUCCAAUCCUCUUCAAGAGGGCACUACUGAUGGGAGGAUCUGCUUUCUCUCCAGCAAUAACACUCAGCAAAGAGAAAGCACGGGCAGAAGCUGCUGUUUUGGCCCACGAGCUGGGCUGCCCGUCUGCUACCAGUACUGAAAUUGUCUCGUGCCUUCGCCAGCUGCCUGCCAAAGCACUUAAUGAUGCACAAACCAAGCUCCUAGCCAUAAGUGGGCCAUUCCAGUAUUGGGGUCCAGUUGUUGAUGGAUCCUACCUGCAGGAGUCUUUCCCAACAGUGCUGCAACGUUUCCGACCUUUGAAGAUGGACCUUCUCAUUGGAAGUGCACAACAGGAUGGGCUGAUCAGUCGUGCAAAGGCAGUUAAGCGCUUUGAAGAAAGCCAAGGCCGUGCCAAUAGCAAAACAGCUUUUUACCAGGCUCUUCAAAAUUCUUUGGGGGGUGAAGAGUCCAACCUUCUCAUCCUGGAUGCAGCCACCUGGUUUUAUUCCCUGCAGCACGCAUCCACAGAGUAUGCUUCAUUCUCCAGAGCAUUAGAAAAUGCCACUCGAGACCACUUCAUCAUUUGCCCAACCAUAGAUAUGGCCAAGGACUGGGCUAGUAAUGAGAGAGGAAAUAUUUUCAUGUACCAUGUGCCAGAGAGCUCUUCCCUGAGCAGCUCAAGCCUGGAAUAUGUGCCUGAUGUUCAGCUUGCAUUUGCCCUGCCCUUUUAUCCUAAGUAUAAAAACCGAUAUACGCUUGAGGAGAAGGCUCUCUCCUUAGCCAUUAUGCAGUACCUGUCCAACUUUAUAAAAUCCGGAAAUCCAAAUAGCCCUUAUGAAUUUUCAAGAAAAAGGAUUGAAGGACUCUCACCUUGGCCUAUGUUUCGUGCAGAGACUGGUGGAGACAAUUAUAAAGAGUUUACUGCUUCUUUACAGAACCAUAAAGGGCUGAAAAAAACGGAAUGCUCUUUUUGGGAUUACAUCAAAACAGUAAAAGCUUUGACAAGUUGCAGAAGAGAGCAACCUGCCCCAAAAGAACUGGCUGUCACACCCAUUUCUAAGACUACUACAAUGAAGUUGCUGGAAGAUAAGGAAGCCUACAGUAAAUAGAGCAGACAGUUUCAGUCUAUUUUAGAUUGAAAUGGUGAAAUCAGAAUAUUUUGCACAUCUGAGAGAAGACCUCGCUUUGCUAUAGGUUAUUAUUGUUAGUAGUAUGCCAGGUAUGAUGGCUGCCUUGCAAGGCAAGCAAAAUCUAAAAUAUUAUAAAUAGGGCACAGCCUAGUGGAUCAAACAAUGAAUUUGUUUUAUGUAUACUGCCCAGAGUCACUCUCUGAGUGAGAUGGGCGGUAAAUAAAAUUAAUAUAUAAACAAACAAAUUUUGAUGCAUCGAAUUGUAUGCAAGUUAGUGAAUAAAACUGGAAAAACAUU